GGGCGCUGCCUGGUGACUCCGGCCUAGGCCCAUCUCUCCAGGAGUCAGGGACACCUGCUUCUCCCAGACAGCCAGUAAUUUGCCUGAGGUCACACAGCUAACCAGCUGUUGGACUCCAAAGCCUGUGCUGUCACCCCAGCUGCGGGACAGACACCAGGUGGGGGGGGGGACACCAGACCUUGCUCCAGCAGGCAAAGUGCUUCAGGCUGGAAGGGGGACCAGGGGAACAUGACUGUGUCCUGGGGGAGGGGGCGAGGACUGGGAGAAGGGGCUGGCCAGGGUAGGGUAGGUCCCUGGAGACACAGGGGACAGCCCAGGGGUCCCACCUAGCGGGAGGCAGGAGAGGAAGCCGUAGGGGGAGGAAGCGGCUGGCCGUGGCCGGAGCGUCUGUCCCGGGAGGUCUCCCUUCCUUCCUCCCAGCAGUAAUGGCCACUGCUGGGCUCCGGGCUGUGGCUGAGGGGGUGGUGCUGGGUGCCAUGGUUACAUCGAUCCUGCCUGCCACAUCCUCCCCCCGGCUCCAGCCCUGACUUGGCUCCAAAUCUCCCCACAGGGGCGGGGGUGGGGGGCAGCGGCCACUUCGCACUGCCUGGCUGCUUACAGCCGGAGUGCUGUGUGUGGACCCCGGCGGGGCGGGGGGAGGGCUACUCCCGGUCAGAUGGCGGCAGACCUGCGGGGCCUGCUUCUUCACUCCCAGACCCCUGCUCCUUGCCUGGAUCCCUCCGGUUUUACCCCUGCCGCCUGCUAGGACCGUGGCCUCAUCCCAGGAGGGUCCCAGGCUGGUGACGGCAGGACCGGCGCCUGUUCUUCCCUGGUCUGUCUUGGUUUGUCCUUUCUGGUCCCACUCCUAGAUGUUGGUGCCUCAGGCUCUGCCCUUGGCUCUCUGCUCUUCACAGCUGCAUGAGGGCAUCUCCAUCUGGCUCUCUGGCUGCACUGCAGGGCUCCAGACACCCGUGUGUGUGUGUGUGUGUGUGUGUCUCAGGGAGCAGAAGGGUUAACAGCCUCUGCUCUUCCUCUUCCUGCCCCAGGAGCACCUUGGAGCCUGUCCCCCUCCCCCGGCCACCGCAGGGUUGCAGGGUUGCAGGUUUUCCCGGCCCCACAACGUGCUCUUUUUGGGUUUGGAUCUUUGCCUGACGGCUCUGCAUCGCCACGUGGGACGAGGCUGGGGGCCGAAGGACAGCCCCCUCCUUCCUCCCUUCACACCUGCCCUCACUCAGUCCCCCGGGUCUGAGGCGUCUCCCUGACUCCAAGUACCUGGCGGUCUGCUCCUGUUAGGCUCCUCCCUGGGACCUGGGGCUGGAUGAUUUGUCCGCUGGCCUCUGUUACCCUCCUAGAGUUCAGCCUGGAUCAUGGGAUUUCCUCGCUGGAAACGCCCCUUCCAAAGGCGUGAAGUCCUGCGCCUUGGCACAGCAUGCCCCGCCCUUUUGCAGCCCCUUGCUGUCUGCUCCACCUCCCUCUCUGCCUCCUACAUGGGGCAGGCCGGUGCAGAGGCUGUCCCUCUGAUGCCUGGGCGGUCCCAGCCUCUUGGUGCGCUUGUAGGUGGGCACACAAAAGGUACAGCCACGAGGGGAGCCAGUUUCAUGCAGACGGGGAUGUCCCAGCAUGCACUGGGACCACUUCAUUGAAGUCCACGUCUGCUGCUUGGGCAGGCCUCCCUCCUCUGCGGGAAGUGGCCUCACUCUGGGACAGUGGAUGGGAUGUUGGACCAGGGUAGAGCUCUGGGCUCAGGGCAGCUUUCCCGGGGCCUCUGUUCUGCCUGCCCGUUGAGUCGCCAUGGACCAGCAGCCCAGAGCAGAUGCCCAGGACGCCAGAACCAGGCAGGGACCAAGGACCUCUGGCCCUUAAGGACCCAGAGAGGCAGAGGACAGGCUGGGGACAAGCCGGGAGCCAGGCCGUCGGGCCCCAUGGAUGGCUGGGCAGAGGCCAGCUCUGCACCUGGGAGUGUGGGGCCAGUUGGCGCAGGGUUUCUUUGGGCAGGCCUCUGUUGGCCUCAGCACACCACUAGCUCUCCCUGGGUGCAGGCUGGGCGCUCGCCGCCGGGGAUCUGUGCUCACCUCCUCACUGAGGCUGGGGUGCCCGUGCUGUGCAAAGCUGCCUCCUGUGCCCUGAGUUCCCGAGGGGUCGGCUGACAUCAGAGCAGCGAGCAGGGGGGACCGUGGGGGUGUGAGGAUGCAGGCGUGGCUCCCAGCAGCCUGUGCUGCUCCCCCUUCCCGGGCAGGCAAGUUCAAGCUCCUGGAGCAGGCCCGGGAUGUGCGUGAGCCAGUGAGGUACUUCAGCAGCGUGGAGGAGGUGGCCAGCGUCUUCCCGGACCGCAUCUUUGUGAUGGAAGCCAUCACCUUCAGCGUCAAGGUGGUGUCUGGCGAGUUCAGCGAGGACAGCGAGGUGUACAACUUCACGCUGCACGCGGGCGACGAGCUCACCCUCAUGGGCCAGGCGGAGAUUCUGUGCGCCAAGAGCACCAAGGAGCGCUCGCGCUUCACCACGCUCCUGCGCAGGCUGGGCCGGGCCGGGGCGCUGGCGGGCGUGGGCAGCAGCGGUGGUGGUGGCGCGGGGACACGGCCCAUCAAAGGCAAGAUGCCCUGCCUCAUCUGCAUGAACCAUCGCACCAACGAGAGCCUGAGCCUGCCCUUCCAGUGCCAGGGCCGUUUCAGCACGCGCAGCCCCCUGGAGCUGCAGAUGCAGGAGGGCGAGCACACGGUGCGCGCCAUUAUCGAGCGCGUGCGGCUGCCGGUGAACGUGCUGGUGCCCAGCCGGCCGCCGCGCAACCCCUACGACCUUCACCCGGUGCGCGAGGGCCACUGCUACAAGCUGGUCAGCAUCAUCUCCAAGACCGUGGUGCUGGGGCUGGCGCUGCGCCGCGAAGGCCCGGCGCCGCUGCACUUCCUGCUGCUGACCGACACGCCGCGCUUCGCGCUGCCGCAGGGCCUGCUGGCGGGGGACCCGCGCGUCGAGCGCCUGGUGCGCGACAGCGCCUCCUACUGCCGCGAGCGCUUCGACCCGGACGAGUACUCCACGGCCGUGCGCGAGGCGCCCGCCGAGCUCGCCGACGACUGCGCCAGCCCGCGCCGCGCGCGCCUCUGCCUGCCCGCGCCCCCGCGCACGUCUCUGCCCGCUCGCGUCCCCGGUCCGCCCGCGCCCGCCGGCGAUGGGGACCAGGAGUACGUGAGCCCGGACUGGGCUGGCGCGCCCGCGCCUGCGCCCGAGCCCACCGCGGCGCCCGCCGAGAUCCCCUACGAGGAGCUGUGGGCGCACCAGGCGCCGCCCGGGCCCGACCUCAUCUCCUUCGGAGCCUCCGGGCAGCCGCGUCGGGAGCUCGAGACGCCGCCGCCUGUGCCUCCCAAGUCCGAGGCGGUGAAGGAGGAGUGCCGCCUGCUCAAUGCCCCACCUGUGCCUCCCCGCGGUGGCAGCGGCAGCGGCCACCUCUCGGGCAGCCCCCCGGUGCCCCCUCGCUUCCCCAAGCUGCAGCCCAGCCAUUCACCCAGCUCCAGCCUCUCCUUCUACUCUGCUGGCGUCCAGGAUGGGGCGGGUUCCCGCAGUGGCAGUGGCUCUCCGUCGCCGGACGCCUACUCCCUGUAUUGCUACCCGUGCACCUGGGGAGACUGCAAGGUGGGCGAGACCUCUAGCCGCCCGCCCCCAGGGCCCCUGCCCUCCACCACACAGCCCAGCCAGGCCUCCCGGACCCCAGCGGAGCCGCUGAGCAGCCGAGCUGCCUCCCUCUUGGGGGCGGAUGCCACCGGCAAGAGCUUCCAUGGCUGCCCGCCUCUCUUCAAGCCCGCUCAUCCCCAGAAACGCUUUGCUCCGUUUGGAGCUCUCAACCCAUUCUCGGGUCCUCCCUACCCCUCGGGCCCUUCAGCGGCCGCCUCUUCCGGGCCGCCCACCACCUCCUUGGGCCCCCUGGCUACCUCCAGCACUGCCUAUUCUCCAGGCCCAGUCUCCCCAGGCCAGGCCUAUGCAGCUGCUCCGCCCCCCUCCUGCCCCACCUCCUCCUCCUCCUCUGAGUGGCAGGAGCCCCCCCUGGAGCCUGUGGAUCCCUUUGAGCUGGGGCAGGGCAGUUCUCCAGAGCCCGAGCUGCUGCGCUGUGCGGAGCCCCGGGCAGCGGGGGCUCCCGGGCCUGGACCCUGCCUCUCACCACUCGGCGCCCUCAAGGCCUUCGAGCCUGAAGGGUUGGUGCUGCGGCAGGCCCCCACCCCGCUGUCACCUGCCACUACUCUGCCGGGGCCCGAGGCAGGGGGAGCCCGGCUCUUUCUCGGCCAAGGGCGCCCGGGCAGUCCCCGGGAUGGAGCCGUGGCCUUGGGAAGCCGGGACGCCUCCUCGUGGCAGCCCCCCGCCGACCUGUCCGCGCUCUCCCUGGAGGAGGUGUCUCGCAGCCUGCGGUUCAUCGGGCUCUCGGAGGACGUGGUGAGCUUCUUCGCCCGGGAGCGCAUUGAUGGGAGCAUCUUUGUGCAGCUCAGCGAGGACAUCCUGGCGGACGACUUCCACCUCACCAAGCUGCAGGUCAAGAAGGUCAUGCAGUUCAUCAAGGGCUGGCGGCCCAAGAUCUGAACCGGCCGCCGUGGCCGCACAGCCUGGGCGCGCCUGUGCCAAGACUGCGUGACCCAGGGGCCUCCCUGCCUCGAGUGUGCAGAAUACGUGGGCAGGGGACGGGAAGCGCUGGGCAUUGGCUCUGAUGCCCACAGGGGCUCCCCUUCCCACGCCCACACAGGCCUCCUCCGCGGCCUUGCACUUCUCUAGCACCAUAGGUUCGGGUUAGACAGGGAGGAGGACCGUGCAUUAGGUUAAGCACAAAUCCCCCAAGUGCCCUCUCUCCCUUGUGCUCUGAUGGCAUCUGGUCUAAAAGUGCCCCCGAGUCAGGGCUGCUGAUUUCUGUCUCUCUGGGACCCUCCCCAUGCCCUGCAGCCCUGCCUCGAUUUAAGUGCCUGGGCCUGAGUGCAGGUGACUUAAGUCCAAGCCUGUGCCAUGGUGCCGGGAGCCUCCACCUCUGGUUCUGGCUCUGCGAUGGGACAGCUCUGGAAGAGCACAGCUCUGGCGCAGGCCUGUCUAGCCAGGGAGACCUCUGUAGCUCCCCGGAUUCUGCACAGACCUCACUGCACCCCUCCGCCCAUCCCUGUCUCCAGAGACUGCCCCAGCAAGAGCAGGUCCAUUUCAAGUCUAGAACUGACAGGUGGCCAGUCGCCCCCACUCGUACUGGUCUCCUGCCCGCUGUUGUUUGACUCCCCUGGUUUUCUGGCACUGGCACAGCAGGGUAUGGUUGGGACAGGAAGUUCGGUGGCUUGGGUGAACCCUGCCUCUCCCCUCCUCCUCUGGAGCUCAGUCCUGUACUGGGUCGCACGCAUUGGGGCGGGUCAUUGUGCCCUUGAAUCGCAGGCAUGGUGACCUGCUUGGCACCCAGCGCUGCUCCCUGUGCACAAGCCCCACACCGUGCACACACCAGCUGCUGCUCGUGCCGAGCGCCAGGGCCCAGAGCUCCCUGCCUCCUCCUCGGGCCUCCCUAGUCUUCCUAGAUAUUUAUUUCCUUCAGUUUUAAGCCACGCAGGUGCCCAUGCCCCAUGCAGGCGGUGGUGAAGGGAGAUGGGGCAUGGGAGCUGGUUUUCUUGCAGACUGUUCAAUGAAUCCUCAAGGACUAGUCAAAUAAAUGCCAGCCUGCUGA